GGGGGAUGGGAGGUGCCCCCACCUGCAGCUACCGGCAGCCACCGGCAGCGACAGCAGGCGACAGCUAGAGCGACAGCCAGCGACCGCGAGAGAAAAGUGGGGCUGCCAGUCAGAGAGGCGUUGUUUUACUCUGGUGUUUUACUCUGUUUUACUCUGGUGUUUUACUCUGGUCUUUUACUCUGGUCUUUUACUCUGGUGUUUGCUUGCUGUUUAUUCUUGCAAGAUGGAGAGAGAAUUAUCUUUUUGCGACCACCACCCUCCUUCCGCCCGUGGGCUGCCAGACGCGCCCCCCUCGCCGCCCGCGCAGGUUCUUGAACUGCAGGGGGAGCAAAUGCUGCGGCGCCAGCAACUGCAGGGGGAGCAAAUGCUGCGGCGCCAGCUACUGCAGGGGGAGCAAAUGCUGCGGCGCCAGCAACUGCAGGAGCAACAUAUGCUGGAGCUCAAGCAACUUCAGGUGCAACAUCAGAUAGAAGAACACCGGACUCAGUUGAACCUCCUGCACCUGCAACUGCAGCUGCAGGAGCAACAGCUGCAGGAGCAACAGCAGCAAUUAUGGAAUGAAAGCACCAGUACCAGCGCCAGCUCCUCAUCCUCCACCAGCUCUUCUUCAUUAAGUCCAAUUGGUCAUCAAAUCUGUAAGCCAGAAGAGCUGUGAAUCUGUGAAACUUAAAAUUGUACUGAAUGAAAGACCUUUUGUUCCACGCCAGGGGCAUGUGCGGUGUGUUGUGUAUGUUGGUGUGAAGCGGUCUGUUGGAAAAUGCCUGUCUUGGACAGUUAAAUAUUUUUAAAGUGUGUGUCGCACCUGUACGGAUGUUUCUUUCCCUUUGUGUGUGCUCUCAUAUGGUAACCUUUUACUAAAACAUUGAACAAUGUCAAAGGCUAACGGUACCCAAUAUGUAAUAGACUUAACUCCCUCAUUAAAAUGAUCUUCUUUCAUAUUUCGCGACAGCA